CGGAAGUGCGUCAGUGGUCCGUGUGACCAGUGGACUCCAGAGCUCACGAUGGCUUCCAGACUUCUCAUGCGGAGAGUUUGUUGUGUGUUAGUGCGAGAUCUCUGUCGUCACCCCGUCUCAGUCACAUGUUCUUCAUCAUACUCCUCUCUGACCGCAUCUGCCGCCGCACAACCGUUUCUCUCGCGCACGCUCCCACGCAUCUCCUGCAGGAGUGUGUCGUUUAACGUGCAGGACCACGACGACUUCACCGAGAGAGUCAUCAACAGCCAGCUGCCCGUGCUCAUAGACUUCCACGCACAGUGGUGUGGUCCCUGUAAAAUUCUCGGCCCACGGCUGGAAAAAGCCAUUGCCAAACAGAAGGGUCGAGUCGCCAUGGCCAAAGUUGACAUUGAUGAGCACACAGAUCUGGCCAUUGAGUACGGGGUGUCGGCUGUUCCCACGGUGAUAGCAAUGCGGGACGGUGAUGUCAUCGACCAGUUUGUGGGCAUCAAAGAUGAAGACCAGUUGGAUUCUUUUGUGCAGAAGAUAAUUGGACAGUGAAGCUGUCAGUCACUAUGCCGCUCUUGUUAAAGCCCGUCUCCCAUUGGACACAAACUCCGUUACAACACUCACACACAUACACACACACACACACACACUCACUCGCACACUCACAGACACUCUCACACUCUCUCUCACACACACACUCGCACUCUCUCUCACACACACUCACUCACUCUCUCAGAAACACACACACACUCACAGACACACUCUCUUACACACACACUCGCACUCUUACACACACACAAGCGCGCACACUCUCUCACACACGCACACUCUCACUCUCUUACACACACACACACUCACUCACUCUCUCUCAAACAAACACACACUCACAAACACACACUCUCUCUCAAACACACACUCACUCAAACAAACACACACACACACACUCACACUCUCUUACACACACACACUCACUCUCUCUCAAACAAACACACACUCACUCUCUCUCAAACACACACUCACACUCUCUCUCACACACACUCACUCUCUCUCAAACACACACUCACACUCUCUCUCACACACACUCACACUCUCACACACACACACACACGCGCGCACUCUCUCUCACACACGCACACACUCACACUCUCUUACACACACACUCACUCUCUCUCAAACA